AUGGCAGGAUUAGAAGAUUUGUUCUUAUCACCCACGAAAGCACCUCCACCUAGAUCACCUCCUUCUCCUUCACUCUCUCCUCCACCUUCACGUCGAACCAAAGACAAAACCAACGAUAACCCAUUAUUCUUUUCUCCUGGUGCAUCAGAGUUUGGAUAUGGUCAUGGUAUCGAUAACGGUUCUCCCUCUUCGCUUCGAUCACAUCCAAGAGAAGGGAGAAAUAGGAUAAGAUCAAUUUCACCUUCUCUGGCAGCACUGGCAAACCCUUCUGCAGCUCAACCAAAUCCAGUUCAACGAAAUCGACCAAAUCGAAUAGAUCCUGUAAUACCUGAAAGAGCGGAAUCAGGCCAGAGAACAUACUUCACACAUCAAUUAGGAGAUUUCGAAGAUCCCUUCGCAGCUUUGAACGCUAAUAUAAAUGACGACGAUGAUGAAGAUAAUCAAGGUGGGAAAAAGAAGAGAAAAAUGGCAAAAGUGGAUGCUGAUAGACUGACUAGCGAUAGAGGGAUCCCGGCUUUAUGCAGAGCUGCGAAGAAAUUUAAAGUAAAAGGAAAGGGAUAUGAAACUCAAGAUCUUCGAAACUUACUCAACAUGUAUCAGAUGUGGGCUCAUGGUAUGUUCCCAAAAGGUGAUUUUCAACAUACGAUAAAUAGAGUGGAAGUUAUAUGUAGAACGAAACGAAUGGAGUCCGCGUUGAAAGGAUAUCGAGACGCCUUUUAUCCUCCUCCAGCAUCACCGUCCCCUCCACCUAUGUCCGACAGAGGUCUGACUCCACCCUUAUCAUCUCAACAAGACGAAGAAGGACCUAAUCCCGAACCUUUGUUCGCUGCUCGUCCUGCAGAAGAAGAAGGGUUAGACCCGGACUUGGAAGAGAUGAUGGCGUUUGAAGAGAUGGAAAGGGAAGCUGGCACACAAACACACCAGCAUCCCUCAAAGGAGAUCAACGGCGAUGAACCACCAGUAUUGGAAGAAGAGGAUGAGUGGGAAGGAUUGUAUGAUUAG